AUGAACUCCAAUGGCCCCUAUGAUCAGGACUUCAACGUGAAUGGCAAUUCUGAUUUUGGCUCAUUAAAUGACAAGAGCAUAAGGCGAGCCUUCAUCAGGAAGGUAUUCUUGAUCCUGACCGUUCAACUAAUGGUGACGUGUGGCUUUGUGUCAAUCUUCACUUUUGUGGAAAGUAUCAAGACAUUUGCUCACCUCUAUGUCUGGACAUAUUAUUUGUCCUACGGCAUAUUCUUUGUGACCCUCAUUGUACUGAGCUGCCUUGGAGACAUUCGCCACAGGCAUCCAUGAAACCUUGUUACACUGUCAAUCCUGACGCUGAGUAUGUCCUACAUGAUGGGGAUGUUUGCCAGUUUCCAUGACACAGAUGCAGUCCUGAUGGCUGUGGGCAUCACUACCUUUGCCUGUGUCUUUGUGGUCAUCUUCUCUCUGCAGGUGUGUUAUGACUUCACCUCCUGUCAAGGCGUGCUCUUUGUCUGCCUGAUGGUCUUGCUUCUCUUUGGCAUCCUCAGCAUCUUCAUCCACGACAGGAUCUUGCAGAUUGUCUACUCCUCAUUGGGUGCACUUCUCUUUACCUGUUUCUUGGCUGUGGACACUGUGCUGUUGUUGGGCAACAAGAAAAUGUCCCUGAGUCCAGACGAGUACGUCUUUGGGGCUCUUAGUCUGUAUUUGGACAUCAUCAACAUCUUUAAGUCUCUUCUUUCAAUUACUGGAAAAGCACAUUCUUCGUAA